UGCAGCACGAUUCCCUCAACAUGUCUUCAUCACGUGGUCUUGGUGGUCUACGCAAGAAACUUGCAGGUCGCUUUAAAUCCAAGCGCCCUCGAGGAAAUGAUGAUGAUUAUGUACCAACCACUGAUUCAGAAGCCCAAUCCUCAGCUGGGGGCACUGAAUCCAUGGAUGCGGAAGAUUUUCCUCAUGUUCAUCCUGAUUAUCCCAUUGAUAUCCAAGGAUGGACUUUCCCAAAGCGGAGAUUUUCUAUGACUGAGUACUGCUCUCGACGGACUGUGAAUCAGUAUGCUCUGCCAUCAGAUACCAACAUCCAGUUUUUCCACACGCAGCUGCAGUUUGAUGUUUUCUGGGGCACCCUGGUGGAUACUAAUUUCCAUAAGCAUCAGGUGAUUGAUUGGUCAUUCCUGCUCAGUCAAUCAGUCAUGGAGGGUUUGAUCCCUAAGUUUGAGGCAUGCGGACUAUAUCAGUUUAUGGGGCAGCGCACAGAUUUUAAUGAAAUGGCUGUUAAGCAAUUCUUGGCUACCUCAGAGAUUGAUAUUGCAGAAGAAUCCAUCACCUGGAUGACUGGCUUCAAGCGCUACUCUGCUUCUUUUGCUGACUUUGCAGCUGCCAACAGUCUGAACUAUGGCACCAUUUCUGCUGGAGUGGAUCUUUAUACUGAAGACAAUUUUGAGGAUUUUGUGCAGUUUUAUGAGCCAGCCAGACUUGGUAUACCCAGGAGAUUUGGUGAGACAGCAGGACUCAGACAUCAUCCUGCUGUCAUCAACAAGAUUGCCAGAGUCACCAUCCUUCCCAAGAGUGGUGAUAAGAGUAAAAUCAGGGAGAAGUUCUGGAACAUAAUUCAUCACAUUAUGAAUGGAGAAGUCAUGAACAUUGUUCUUUUCAUGAUGAGGCAGCUUAAUGAUUUAAAGAUGGACAAGAAUCAAAACUUGGCAUAUGCUCCAUACAUUAUGGCUCUUAUCAAAUCCAAGACAAGAUUUGAGGGCCCAUGUGAGAUUGUCCACACUCCAUUCAGGCCUUUUAAGAAUGAGAUAGGGUUUCUCACCAGGCCACUCACUCCAUUCCCAGAUGAUGAGGAAGACCCUGGCUAUGAGGGUGGAGCAGCGCCUAAUGUUGAGGAACAGCAGAUGCCUCCUCCUCCACCUCCUCCUCAGCCUCAGCACUAUUGGGAGCCUGCUCCAGGAUAUUUUGAUCCUUAUUUUCACAACAUGCAGCAAGGGCUGGAGGCUCAUAUUGAUACUCGAUUUGAGGGGUUGAUGUCACAUGUGGAUCACCGCCUCGAUGACAUGCGGUCUCGCUUUGACGACAACUGGGAUGUGCUCAACUCUGAAUUUUCUGACCUUCGUGAUCACAUUCACACUAAUGUCACUGAUCCCAUCAUGUCAAGGCUGAAUAAUAUGCAACAAAGCUUUCAAGAUAACAUGGGUGCUCUCUCCAGUCAGUUUGAUAAUCUUUCUACAACUGACAACAUGCAUGAUAUCAGUCAGAGGCAGCAGCAGCUCCAGCAGGACUUUGACCAGUUCUCCUCCCUGUUUGACACCUUCCGCACUCAUUAUUACCACAUGCAUCCUCCGCCGAGUGAUCAGUAAGGCCUCUCCUUUGUGGCAAUUGAUGCCAAAGGGGGAGAGAAGUGAUGAGAAGUUGUCAGGCGUCUCCUUCAGGGGGAGUUGGUGGUUCUAUGUGGACACUAAGACCAUGCAUAUGCAUUUUAUCUUUUUUGUGCCGUUUUAGUUUAUGUCUUAUGCAUUUGGAACUUGGUUCGAUCUAUUAACUCUAUGUCGUAUGUCUGUGGAUUAUUAUCUGUAAUAUUCUGUGGGAUGAACUAUGUUUUAGUUCAAAUUACUCUGUGUGUGGUUAAUCGAGAUGUGAUUAUAAUUGCUGCGCUCACUCUACGAAUCAUCGCUUGUAUGUCUCGAUAACCAUGUUUGUAGGAAAGUCUCCAUCAAGCUCUAAUAUAUUAUGUGUGUUAUA